AAAAAAAAAAAACAAUGCAUGUAAAAGAACUCUCCAUACGCAUCAAAAGAGAAGCAAAAGAUGGAAGAUUCCAAAUCGCUACAACCAUAGUCUUCUGUCUAUCGAUUGCAUUUCUCGUCUUGGUCCUAGGUAUGGUAAUCAACGACCACUUCAAAAAAUACGUUAUUUACGAAGAUCUAUCCUUCUCGUCUCUAAACGCUUUUCCUCCACAAAUAUUCACUCCCUCUCAAUCUCCAACACAACGAUGCACGCAAAAGUGCAACACUACUUCAAACAGGUCGUUCGAAGAAUGGAUUUCUCCGAAAGAUGUUUGGCAUACGAUGAGCGAUCGAGAAUUAAUGUGGAGGGCGUCUUUGGUUCCUCGUAUACUCGAUUUUCCUUUCAAUCGAACGCCGAAAGUUGCGUUCAUGUUCUUGACUAGGGGGAAACUACCGUUGGCGCCACUUUGGGAGAUGUUCUUUAAAGGGAACGAAGGCCUCUUCUCAAUCUACCUUCAUACCUUGCCGGAGUUCACUUACGAGCCACCGGAGUCUUCCGUUUUCUACAAGCGCAGAAUACCUAGUAAGUUGGUUCAGUGGGGAAGACCAAGCAUGAUCGACGCAGAAAGGCGCCUUCUCGCAAACGCGCUUCUCGACUUCACAAACCAAAGAUUCGUACUCCUAUCAGAAACGUGCAUCCCUCUAUUCAACUUCUCCACCAUCUACAACUACCUUAUCAACUCCAACCAAAGCUUUCUAAGCACCUUCGACGAUCCCCGCCCGAUCGGGCGGGGCCGCUACAACAAACGCAUGGGGCCCGCAAUCUCUUUAUCCGACUGGCGAAAAGGGUCACAAUGGUUUGAGGCCAAUAGGGAACUCGCAAUAGCAAUAAUAUCCGACGUCGAAUACUACCCAAUUUUUAGAAACCAUUGCUUGCCACCUUGUUAUAUGGAUGAACACUACUUGCCAACUUUGGUGAACAAAGUUUGCCCUAAUUUGACUUCGAAUCGGACCGUUACAUGGACCGAUUGGUCCGAAGGUGGGUCCCAUCCUAGGAUGUUUAUGAGAAACGAUGUCACCGAAGAGUUUUUGGAUCGUGUUCGGAGUGGAUUUAAUUGUACUUACAAUGGGGAGAUGAGAUCAAUUUGCUCCCUCUUUGCAAGAAAGUUUCAUCCUACUACUUUGCAACCUUUGCUUAGGAUUGCCCCUAAAUUACUAGGUUUCAAUCCCUAGAUAUAUGCUUGGAUCUUACAAUGUUGUGUCAUAAUUCUCAAACUACAGUUUAACCUCCAUAAACCAAUGCAGUUGGAACCAGGGAAAUUGUAUUAAUUUACCGAAUUAUUAAAUUAUCAAGUUAAUAAUUUAACGCAUUUUCAC